CCUACAAUCACUUGAUUUUGCCAUGGGGCCAUCAAGCUGAAGAAAUGAAGGCUGUCACCAGCCAGAAGCAGCACUUGAUUUCAAAGUCUGGGCAGUCUCUUUAUGAAGUCUGCUCUUGAGGGCGAUUCUCCACAUCGAAAGCAAAAGAAGGAGAAGCAUUCAAAGUCUGAUCGCAAGAAAAGAAAGGAGGAGACAAAGAGGCCAAGGAAAAAGAAGGAGGGGACAAGGACAAAUGGAGUGAAGAGGCCAAAGCGCCGCUUCGAAGAUGGAGCAUUUUGGAACUCUGUGGCUGCUGGAGAAGGAGUAAUGGAGGCAGACAUGUGGCAUCCGCUUGCAAUCCAGUGGGCGGCAAUGUCCAAAAUGGCAUCAGAGCAGGAGGUUCCAAUCUACGCGAAUGCAGAGGAGGCGAUGCGCUGCCUGCCUGAGCGGUUUUCUGCUUUCGAGAAGGCUGCCUUUCCAACAAACCCUAGAGAAAGAUGUGCUGCAUUGGCAGCUAUCGCAGAGAUCAUUGCAGAUACUUUCUCGAAGAAGGAUGACAACUCUAUGUUUUUUCAUUUUCUGCGAUCUUUGGAGCUGGCUCUCUUGGAGCGCGGUGAGCACUUGCCUGACCUCGCAGAGGAUGUAGCACCCCGCCUACGUGUGAAGCCACUGGUGACAAAGACUGCGACUGUGCCUGCGCCUCUUCCUGUGGAAUGGCUGGAGCAGGAGCAGCAGUCAGGGUCUAAGCAAGGAAAGCCGCGCAGCCAGAAGCAAGCUCCACCACCUCCUCCACAAGGACAAGUUACAGUGCCGCCCAUGGAAUCAGCAAAGCCUCAAGCUGACACGGACAAAGACAAUGCAGCUGCAGACUCAUCAUCGUCCGCUUCAGAGGGCGAUACAGAGACAGCAGAAGCAAAGGCAGCUCAAAGAAAGGUAGAUGCUGCUGCAUUGGAUGCCGUGUAUGAGCUUUGUGCAGCGCAACGAGAACGUCCUUGCCAUAUGGAUGGUUUGCUUCACGCAGAGAACUUCAGGCAAUUCGUCCACGAUAUGCUACGAAUUGCCACGCAGCCACGACACUGGGAGGAAGCCUGGAGAAGAACAAGUUUUCCGCAAGACCUGCGGCCAGAGGCGACUCGUUCCUUCUUGCAAUGCUCUAUGGAGUUUGCGUGUGCUCAAUCUGAAGCUAAAGAUCCAGCCGCACUUGUUUCAGCCUCUGCCCUUGGAAUUGCAGCGCUUUCCCGGAGUCUUCUCAUCAAGAGGCAAUUGGUAGAAGAAUUCUUUUUGGAGAAAAUGGACGAUGACCCGCUUGUAUGGGAGAUUUUGUCCUGGCUGCUUUUUCAUUGGUUUCCACGGAACCAAACGGCUGGAUGGGGUUGGUGGCGUGUGGGCUGGUCAUGGUCUGAAUGGUGGAAGGUUGUGGAGCGUUUGCUCGGGAAAGCACAGAGCUUCCCUCAAUCCGCUCUUGGAAUGCUUAAAGACGCGAUGAUCCGAAUGCAGGAGCAAAAGGGCUGCAAGCGCAUUUUCCUCAAAGCUCCGUGGGAUGAUCACCGCCGUCAGAAUGUGAUUGGAAAGUUCUCUGCUUUGAUGCCAGAGCUAGACUCGGAAGAGAAGGUGAAGGUUAAGCUGGCUCCACUAAGACUGUGGAGCACAUGAGCUGUGUGCUGACUCAUCGCCAGAGAUGAAAAGUGGUGCAGCAGCACAAUUUGACUACGAGUGCUAGUUGAACGAAAAAGCAUUUCGCUUUGAAAGAUGGUGCUCUCUUUGCAAAACCGGGUAUAAUUGAAGCGACUCAGAACAAGCAGAGGCUUAGCUUUGCAGCUCAAGUCUGCUUGGCAAAACUGGGCUGUGCAAGAAUGUUAGCCAGCCCCAAAUAGUGCGGACAUUUGUCUGUUCAGUUUCCUCAACCCAACCAUCAAGCCGUUCAUUUGCCUCCAAGACUGGAUGUAGUUCAUCCAGUCUGGCCUGCUUUCCGUUAGAAACCAAGGGAUGGCGGCAUUCUUGAUGCAACAUAUGUUUCCCAAUGUCUUGAAGUGUCUGGCAAUGAGUAAUAAUAAUAACUAUAUUAAUAUAUAUAUAUAUAUCGCGCUGUCGUUGCCACGUUGCCAACUCUGUUUCAUGAUGUUUCAAUGUGUUCAGAUCCUUGGCUGGUCCUGAGCAUUGUGCUUCUCUUCUGUAUCAAAUGUGUCGCACUCCCAAAUCCUUUUUGGAGCCUGAAGAAGCCUCUAGAAUUCAUCUUGUACAGUGCAAGUGAGUCUGAUUUGCAAUUGCUAAUGGGCAUUUUUGCAAUCUUUUGAAUCGAUGUGACUUGACUAGCUUUUUCCUUGAGUUGUUCCAAUGUGUCUGGACCGUGGCACCGCAUGAAGGACACAAGCUUGACGGUCGUA